AUGUUCCCUUUGUAUCAUUUUCAAGUCGAAGAAGUAGUCAUCCAUCUUGCUGGCGGGCAGUACGUCCGUAACGGCGGCAACCCCCUCGCCAACAAUGACCCAGAGCGCACAGCACACUGGUUCGACGGCGACGGCAUGUUGUCAGGCGUUCUAUUUCGGUCUUCCACUGACGGCUCUAUCGUUCCGGAGUUUGUCAAUCAAUACCUUGAGACCGAUGUGUUCAGGUAUACGAAGCGCAAUAAACAUCUGACGAGACCUGUACUGCCUAGUAUCGCCUCGUUAGUGAACCCAGCAUCAUCUUUCCUGUACAUCAUGUUCGAAAUUUUGCGAGCCGUGCUCCUUGUCGUUCUCUCCAAGUUUCAGAGCGCAGGUGCCACGAUUAAGAAGAUCAGUGUUGCCAACACAAGCGUCAUUUUCCAUGACGGUCGUGCCUUGGCCACAUGUGAGAGCGGUCCGCCCUUACGCUUCACGCUGCCUUCCCUUGAAACAGUUGGGUGGUUCGAUGGAGACAAAGCAGAGAAUGAGAUCCCUACAGCAAGCUCUGAAGGCACAUUCGGAGGACAUGGGCCCCUGUCGUGGAUGCGAGAAUGGACAACGGCCCACCCGCGAGUCGACCCCCUAACAAACGAGCUGAUAUCCUACCACUCGACCUUCGUUGCCCCCUAUGUUCGCUACUCUGUCAUACAACCACGGCACACCAAGUCCCUCGAAGCCAGAAGAGCGAAGCCCUCUCUCGUCAACAAACCCAUCCCCGGGAUCUCGUCCCCCAAGAUGAUGCACGACUUUGGCGUGUCGCUCGCGCACACCGUCAUCCUGGACCUGCCCCUAUCUCUCGAUCCCAUGAACCUCCUGCAUGGCAACCCAAGUGUCUCCUACGACUCGACAGCCCGCUCUCGCUUCGGCGUCUUCCCCCGUCACAACCCCGAUCCCAUCAAAUGGUUCGAGACGAACCCCUGCAUCAUCUUCCACACCGCAAACUGUUGGGAGGAGCCCGCGACCCUCCAGCGCGACGCAGCCCUCCACCUCCUCGCCUGCCGCCUCACCUCCCCCUCGAUGAUCUUCAGCGCCGGAAACCUCCCAACGCCAGCCGUCCGCCCCGUGCCUCCGGAGUACGCCGAGGAAGAGCAGUGCCGGCUCUACUACUUCUCCUUCCCCCUCGGCAACGACAACAAUGACGCAGCCAUCCAGCACCAGUGGGCCCUGUCAGCGAUCGCCUUCGAGUUCCCCACCGUCGCCCCGGCCGCCGCCAUGCGCGACGCGCGCUACGUCUACGGCUGCACGACGGGCCGGGACACCUACGCGGCGCCCCUGGGCAAGGCCGCCAAGAUCGACCACCUGGCCAAGAUGGACGUCGCGACGCUCAUCGCGCGUGGGGAGGCGGAUCCGCCGCGCGAGGUUACGGGAUGCGUUGACGCGAGGACGGUCAGGGAGAUCAUGGCGCACGACGACCCGCGCGAUCCGAUCCGGCUCUUCGGGAUGCCGGAGGGGUGGUUCGCGCAGGAGCCGCGAUUUGUGCCGAGGGACGGGGCCAGGAGCGAGGAUGACGGGUUCUUGUUGACGUAUGUGUUUGACGAGGCGCAGUUGGACGAGACGGGUGCAUGUAGGCCUGGUGCCGUGAGUGAGCUGUGGGUCAUUGAUGCAAAGGGCAUGCGGGAUGUUGUUGCGAGGGUGAAACUGCCACAGAGGGUGCCGUAUGGGUUGCAUGGGAAUUGGUUCGACGAAGAGGACAUCAGUGGACAGAUUCCGUAUGAAAAGUUAACCUUGGGAAGCGAAGAGGUGAUCACGUUGCCAAGGGACAAGCUGGUGUGA